AUGCAGUUCGAUGAGGAUCAGCGGUUUUUCCUGAGAGGCAUUAACCUACGCAACAACGUGCCGAACGAGUUACCGUACCUUCCGGAGCUGUUCACCAAUGUUGAUCGAUUUCUCGAAUGGAUUGUGGACAACAUGAAGGGCAAAGAGCAUAAUGUGCCACUUUUUAACGUGUCCAAAGCAUCAGAUCCUAGGCGUAUUGAUUUGCCCCCAGUACAGGACGGUUCCAAGAGAAGAUCGUUCAAUUUCAGCAACUGUGGAGCUAUCCCGCCAGUAAAUGGGUCUUUCAAUAGUUUUCCAAUUAUCCCAUGGAUGGGUUUCUUAUCUUCAAAUGCAACCCUUAACAUGUCUAGCAAAUGUGCAGUCACUCUUGUUAGCGAAUGGUACGCCGUGAGUUUGGCGGCUUGUUUUAGUGGAGAUAACCUCGAAUAUUCCGUUCUAUUUGGCGUCAAUAGCGUCAAAAUGCAUACAGACUGUACCGAUGCAACAACUGGAUGUGGUGCCCCUACCCAACGAAUUCCAGUGCGCAAGGUCAUCAUCCAUCCACAGUUCGAUAGCUCUGACUACCGCAAUGAUAUUGCGUUGAUUCAGUUUGCAAGAGCGGCGGAUACAUCUCAACCAAAUGUUAAACCAAUCUGCCUUCCAGUGUUGGAUGAAGUACGUAGCUAUGAUACAUCCAGCCUAGUUGCAGUUGGUCAAAACGAGGAGGACACUCGAUUCAUACUUUCCAAUGCAGGUAAUAGGUACGUUGAAUCGACUGAAUGUCAAAAGCGUUGGGAUAGUUUGGCAGUCAAUCUUCCCAUCGAAAAUAGAAAGAUGUGUAUUUUGCUUGAAAUAGCACCUAAUAAUGAGUGUUUCGAUCUACUGAUCGGUUCAUCGCUGCAGACAAUUCAAGUAGUCGGUUCGAACGAAAGACAUUUUCUACGCGGCAUUCUCGAGCUCAAAGCGGUAGUUUGCAAUCUUCACUUUCCACUAGUGUACGCAGAUACAGAUCGUUAUUUAGAUUGGAUGUUGGAGAACAUGGUAGAAACCGAAUUGUCGGCUUAUUCAUUAAGAUCGUCAUACGAUUUGAGGGAAAAACUCAUUUUUACUAAUUAAUAUACCAGUGCCACGAGAAUCGAAGAUCAUAUAAGAAUCCCAAUCGUCAUUUGUUCCAACUGUACGACUGUAUUGCGGUUACGUUACGUCAUAAAUAAACCAGAAUAGUAGAAUUGAAAUCGUAACACAGUGGGCAAAACACCUAAUAAAAUCACGAACUGUCGCAA